AUGCAGAUGGUGGCAGAAGAGGAGGCGCCGAGGUCGCUGUCGCCAAUCAUGCGAUCUCGUCUGGGAGAGGGAACCAGCCAGCCCUCGUCUCCCCUACGCACCACCUUUAUUCCCGACCAACCUACUCCGGCGCAUACCACCCUUUCCGACGCUCUGCUCCGCCCGCCGACUGCCGUCUCUGUACACUUCGGUCCACCGACUCCUGCCGAUUUCAAUCUGCCAUCGAUCAAGAGCUUCCAGAAUGGCUCCGCUCCUCGCUCCGUUUCAGCCACCAGCCCUCGUCCGCGACCAUUCGUCUUGCGCCAUGACUCGGACCCGACUCUGCGUACCGUCUCGCGCAGCAGAGAUGUCAGUGGAGGCAGCGGUACCCAGACGCCGCCCGAAAGAAGACCAGGAUUAGGAGACGACCAGCUCGAAGGCGCAGACGAACAUGGCCGUCAAGGCUCCUUCUUCUCCCGCUUGAAGGCCAUGGCUACACCCACCCACUCGCGCCAUCCCAGCGAAUUUACCAAUGCUUCAGUCCUCAUGACUCCUACCGAAGAGCUGGAAGAGCCACAUUUUCCUUUUUAUUCCCAGUCGCAACAUGAUGGUAGCGAGGCCGAAGGUGACAUCGAGGAGAGCUCUAUGGAUGAGGCCGCAGAAGGUCAGGAGCCUCGCCCGAAGCGCAAGGCCAGGAGAAAGAUGGAGAAGACGGCAUCUGCUGGCCCUUCGACACCGCGAACCCCGCGCUUUCCUUCUUUCUUGCGCGACCAUGCAGAUCGCACUCCACGUCUGCCACGUAGAGCUACUAUGACAGACAUUCCUGAGAACUCAAGAGUAGGCGUUAGUGAGGAUGAGGGUCGCGACCGUCUUGCCAAAAGCGCUUGGAGACGUGGCCUCGAGGGUGCGCGCGGUCUCAGUUACGCGCCUCGUAGUAGCAGACCUACAAACGAUGCUGCAGAGCAGUCUGACUCGAACCGUCCAACAACAGCGAGAAGAUUCACCGGAUUUGGCGCUCUCGACGGAUCCGCCUCUCCUUGGCGAGGUCGUGGAGAGCGUCAACCGAGUGCUAGUGCUCAAAAGUGGAAACAAGUCAAGGCUGGUUUGAAAUUGUUAGGCCAACGCAAGAAGGACGAGCGAGUCAAGGUGGAUCACCAAAAGUCUACCGAGCUCAUGGCUGAGCUGCUGGCCGGUUCGCCAGCUGCCAUCUUCUUGGCCAGCAUGUAUCAACGCGACGAACAUGGACGCCGCAAAAUCCCCGUCUUGCUCGAACAACUUAAAAUCACCAUCCCUUCAAGUCAGAACCGCGAGAGCAAGUCUGGCGAUCGUCACAUGGUCUUCACCAUUAAUCUUGAGUAUGGAAGCGGACCGUCACGCAUGUCUUGGACAAUCCACCGUUCUCUCAGAGACUUCAGCAACUUGCAUCUCAAGUACAAGUUUCAAAGCCAGUCGGAACGUUACUCAAUACUCAAGACUGAAGAUCGUUCGAAAGCAAAGAUUCCCCGGUUCCCCAGAAGUGCUUUCCCAUACCUGCGUGGAGUGAGAGGUCUAGCCGACGACGAGGAAGACGAGGAUGACAACGCCAUAGCUGAAGCAAGUGGCCCUGAUGGUGAAGCUAGCGGACCAGAGAGACCUGGCAUGAAGAAGCGACGUAGAACGUCCUUUGCCCUCUCCAGACGCAAGUCUAGCACUGGUCAUGCAUCUGGUCCUGAUGGUGUGGUCGACGGAGUCGCUCGAGCUGGCAGCAUUGCUGGUGCCCCUGGCGGUGCAAAAGCCAAGGAUUUGUAUAACGAGCGCCAACGCAGGAAGCUUGAGAACUAUCUGCAGCAAAUGAUCAGAUGGCUUGUCUUCCGUCCUGACAGUACACGGUUGUGCAAGUUCCUUGAGCUUUCAGCUCUAUCCCUGCGUUUAUCGGUCGAAGGCGGCUAUCAUGGCAAGGAGGGAUUGAUGUCCAUUAUUUCCAAGCCCAAUAUUGACCUGCGUAGAAGGCCCGUCACUGGGUCCGUUUCGGCAUUCAAGAGAAAUACGGAGCCCAAGUGGUUCAUGAUCCGCCACAGCUACAUUGUUGCCUUGGAUAGUCCCGAGUCACUAGAGCCGCGCGAAGUCUUUCUUAUAGACGGCGAUUUCACUACCGACAAGGCCAGCAAGAAGCGUUUGAGAGACCAGACAGCAGAAGAACUGGCCAAAACUGCCGGCAACGCCACACAACCAAAGCAUCACAUUCUUCGACUGUACAACUCGGAGCGAAAGUUGAAGAUGUUGGCCAAGAACGAACGACAGCUGUUGCAAUUCCAGGAGUCUAUCGACUACAUGGUACGGAACACGAUUUGGUCGCUGAAACACCGCUUCGACAGUUUUGCUCCAGUUCGCAAGAAUGUCUUUGCUCGCUGGUUGGUCGAUGGUAGAGAUCACAUGUGGCAGGUUUCGCGAGCCAUUGACAACGCCAGGAGCUUCGUGUACAUUCACGACUGGUGGCUGAGUCCUGAACUGUACCUUCGCCGACCAGCGGCCAUCAGUCAGAAAUGGCGCCUCGAUCGUCUGCUCUUGCGCAAAGCCCAGGAAGGUGUCAAGAUCUUCGUCAUCGUCUACCGCAAUAUCGAGUCUGCUAUUCCCAUCGACUCGGAGUAUACCAAAGCAUCGCUCCUAGAUCUCCACCCCAACAUCUGCGUCCAACGUUCGCCCAACCAGUUCAGGCAGAAUCAGUUCUUCUGGGCGCAUCAUGAAAAGCUAGUGGUAAUCGAUAAUGCCAUGGCGUUCGUGGGUGGCGUGGACUUGUGUUUCGGAAGAUGGGACGACCCUCACCAUUCUCUGACAGAUGACAAACUCACUGGCUUCGAGUUAGAUAUGGAAGGACCAAGAACUGCAGACAACUGUCAAGUCUGGCCCGGUAAAGAUUAUUCCAACCCCAGAGUUCAGGACUUUUACGCGCUAGACCGCCCGUACGAAGAAAUGUACGACCGCACAAAGGUGCCCCGUAUGCCUUGGCACGAUAUCGCCAUGACGAUUGUCGGUCAGCCCGCGAGAGAUGUGGCUCGUCACUUUGUCCAAAGAUGGAACUACAUUCUCAGACAGCGUGUACCUUCUCGUCCCACGCCGAUCCUCCUGCCUCCACCUGAGUUUGAUCAGAGCGAACUCGAAAGACUUGGCAUGACUGGUACUUGUCAAGUUCAGAUCCUCCGCUCUUGCACAUCCUGGUCGAUCGGCACACCAAACAAGACUGAAUGCAGUAUCAUGAACGCGUAUGUCUACCUCAUCACCAACUCUGAGCACUUUGUGUACAUCGAGAAUCAGUUCUUCAUCACUAGUUGUGUUGUCGAAGGUACGCAGAUCAACAACAAGAUUGGUGACGCUCUUGUCGAGAGAAUCGAGCUUGCUCACCAGAGAGGUGAUAAGUGGAGAGCAUGCUUGAUCAUCCCACUUAUGCCUGGUUUCCAGAACCAAGUCGAUUCCCAAGACGGAACUAGUGUUCGUCUGAUCAUGCAAUGUCAAUACCGUAGUAUUUGCAGAGGUGAAUCAUCCAUCUUUGGCAGGCUGCGUGCUCAAGGCAUUGAUCCCACCCAAUACAUCGAGUUCUACGCUCUAAGACAGUGGGGCAAGAUUGGGCCUCGCAAGUGUUUGACCACUGAGCAGCUCUACAUUCAUGCCAAAUGUAUGGUUGUUGACGAUCGCAGUGUAAUUAUUGGAUCUGCCAAUAUCAACGAGCGCUCCAUGUUGGGUUCGAGAGACUCCGAGGUUGCUGCUAUUGUUACUGACCAGGAGAUGAUUCCUUCUCGCAUGGGCGGCAAGCCUUAUGAUGUUGGCACUUUCCCUCAUACGCUUCGUAUGCGUCUCAUGCGCGAGCAUCUUGGUAUUGAUGUUGACGACAUUUACCGUCGCGAGUGUGAAGCUGAAAAGGCCUUCCAGGACGAAGAGAUGGAGCGCAUCUACAGAGAUGACUACGUCACACCUCCUGAGACUCCUUCAACCCAUGGCUUGACUGAGGAAAACUUGCAACAUAACAGUGAGCCAGAUGGCAAGGCUGGUGUUUUGCACAACUUCCUCAACGAAACCAACAGUGGCCAGGCUGAUCAGAUGGAUGGUGCCGGAGGCAAGAAGCAUUCGGUUGACAGGCCUCACGACCUCGACGUUGCUGGUUUUGGUGUCGAUAACAUGAAGAAUCUUGAGAAUGUAGUCGACACUGCUGCGAGAGAUACAUACAUCACACCCCAUGGCAAGGAAGUGCUCAAGAGUGCCAAUCUGCUCGACGUUGCUGCGCGUCCUCGAUCUUCAUCGCUCAGGAGAGACAUCAUCAACCAUCAUAUCUAUGACCAUCCUCAUAACGCUACUGAGGCAGGACGCAUCCUCCCUCCACCUAUGCCGCCCCGUAUGAACACACGCGAACUUGGCUUGACACAGUUGUCGCAACUACCACCACUUCCUGUUCUCGAUGACGCAGAUAUAGGCGGCCCGUCUUUGGUCCAGGAUGUCACUUCUGAGAAUGCUCAUAUUAUCAACCCGCUACUCAACUCCAUGACAAGACCUGUGGUUGACGAAGACUGCAUGCGCGACCCAUUGGAGAAUGACUUUUACAAGAAGAUUUGGCAUCAGGUAGCAGAGAACAACACUCGCAUCUACCGCCAAGUAUUCCGCUGCAUGCCAGAUUCUGAUGUUCAGUCGUGGACAGAGUAUCGCAACUUCAAUGCGUACAACGAGAAGUUCAUGCUGUCGCAAGGUUUGGGCACCAGUGUACCGCUUGCCAAGCCCUCUGGUGAUGCACCCGAUUCGAGUGGUCCUCCUGGCUCUGGCGGCACAGACGCCUUGUCCUCUGUGGCAGGUAUCUCCGACCGCGCGAGCAAACAUGCCAGCAAUAGAUUCAGUGGGUUGAGCAAGCUGUUUGGCGGCCGACCCGGCACUGCUCACUCCAAUGCAACUGCCACCAACGGUGAAGUGUCUGAAAAGCACGGAGUGGACGCCGGCCCUCGUGCUUCAGACUCGGCACUCACCAACGCCGGUGACGAACCCGCCGAAGAGCCCCUCGACGAGAAAGUAGCUGCCCAACAACGCAACGACACUGCCAACACAGAAGCCACACUCGCACCACCCCUCGACGGGCUACCCACCACCAACAACGGCACCACCAACAGCGCCCCCACUCGUGUCAUGAAAUCUCGCACCAUCCAGUUCCCCGAAAUGACGGAAAAGGAAAAGAACUUUGAGGCUGGGCCAUUCCAACAUGCAGCCACUGUUAGCGGCAGUGGAAACAUGCAACACAGCACUUCUACCAAGCGCAGACGCAAUCGCGCCAACACUAAAGGCAGUAUGAAGAACGGGGGUGUGUAUGAGCCCGAGGUGCUUACGAAGGAAGAAGCAGAGGGCUUGUUGAAGCUUGUACAGGGGCAUUUGGUUGUUUGGCCUUAUGAUUGGGAAGAAAAGGGAGGCAAUUGGCUUUACAACAUUGAUCAGAUUGCUCCGUUGGAGAUUUACGAUUGA